AGCGGAGCCUGAGCUGUUGCUGAGAAUCAGAACAUGAGGGACGAGGCGGACAGACGCGGCACCUAGUUUAGCUAAUGUAGAGGACAGGUUAUUCAGAGCGGAUACGCGGGAGAGAGACAGCAGUUCAGACUGGCAUCUGUCGAUCCUACAGAUGAAAUGGCGGUGAGGCAAAGGAUUUUCAACUCAACAUCACCCUUCUCCGGGUCAUCCCAGGCUGAGCUGAAGGGGUCAUACCCACCCUGCUCAGCUGCGGACCAGGAGACGGAGGAGGAGGAAGAGGAGGGAAAGGACAGCAAAAUGGGCUACAUAGCCUGUUUAAACCCUUUGAUAAAUAAGCUCCUGACACAAGGGACUGCAGAGCAAGUGGGAGAAAUGCCACUGAAGACCUCAACCUUCAUUGCCCAAGCUGAAUGUGAAACCCAGGACUCCCAAGAGUUCAGUCCAUCCUGUUUUGAACGUUCCUUUGUUCCCUCCCCUAACUGCUUCACCAGCAGUCUUUCCUCAGAACACAACAAUGUGGCGUGCCCGACCACAGCCUCCAUCCAGGAGCCGAGCAGCUCAUCAGCUCCGCUCACCCCAAGAAGGAAGACCAGGAAGAGACAGAAGCGCAAGGGCAAGAAAAAACUGGAGAAGAAGAAGGAGAAGCCUCGACACAGACAUCGAAUGCCUUCUGGAGUCCCUGAACAGGAGAGUGGAAGUUCUCUGGUCCAGAUUCUGGAGGAGUCGUCUCUCGGAGGAAGAAGCGACCUCAGCACUUCUUGCUGUAGCAGCAUUGAAAGCUCAGAAGAGCAGGACAGAGGGCCUUCUCUCUACAGCCGACAGAUCUACAUCACAGGCUCCAGCUGCUCUCCGCUGAACUGGAGGGACCAGGUCUGCGGCCCCCUCUCCAGUCUCCGUUCCUAUGGGCAGGACAGCGACUCAGACUGCCUCAGCAGUCUGGGAGACUACUCACUGCCCCUUGUGGGCCUCAGGGGCAGCGUCAGUCAGGCGGACCCGUGUUACGCUCGGCCCUUUUUCAAAGACGUGGAGAGGGAUGUAAGAGAAGAAGAAGAUGAUCUCUCAGCAGCUGAUUCUCUCAGCAAUGAGGGAAUAAUCUUUUACAAUGAAAAAAUUCAGCCUGUGGACUCUGAAUACAAGGAAGGGAGGGAGUAUAUCCUCUCAGAGUUUGUCAAGGAAGGCUCCUAUGGUGAAGUACACAGUGCUCAAGAUGUCAACACAGGCUUCAAAUUUGCUGUCAAAAAGAUCGCCCUGAAGAGGUUCAGCAGUGAGGAGGUGGGUGCGUGGAGUGCCCUCAGAUCUCCUCGUGUGGUGGAACUCUUUGGAGUGGUCAGAGAGGGGCCCAAUGUCGUUCUUCUCAUGGACCUGAAAUCUGGCUCCCUGGGCCAGCUGAUAGCGGAGCGUGGCAGGCUGCCAGAGGACCUAAGUCUCCACUACCACUCACAAGUCUUAACAGCGCUGGAGUACUUAGUGAAGAAAAAAGUGGUGCAUCUAGACAUUAAAGCGGACAAUGUGUUGCUGUCGGAGGACGGGAGAGACACCUUCCUGUGUGACUUCGGACACGCAGAGAGACUUGACAACCGGGGACAGAGCCUGAGUGGGUCCAAAGAUCUGAAGGGCUCAGAGACCCACAUGGCCCCUGAGAUUGUAAAAGGGGAACCCCGCGGAGCCAAAGCAGAUGUGUGGAGCAGCUGCUGUAUGCUUCUGCACAUGCUCAAUGGGUGUCAACCUUGGACAAGAUACUACACCUGUAGACUUUACCUGAAGAUCGCUAACGAGCCUCCCCCACUCAGAGAGAUCCCACCUGACUGUUGCCCUCUCACAGCUGAAGUUAUCAAAGCUGGACUUCAGAAGGAUCCAGCCAAGAGAGCAUCAGCAUCUAACCUCAAAGAAAAAAGUGACAGAGCUCUGAAAGAAGUGGGAGGACUCACCAACCCAGUGAAGGGACCCUACACAGAGCCCCGGUAUUGUGCCGACAAGCCUCCAGACUCCCUGCAGCUUAUCAAUAACAGCGUUGACUAUGCGGAGGAACGUGAAGAGUCUGUUGAGAAAGUGAUUACAGCAGGGAGGAAGACAAAGGACCUGGGUGAUAAUGAUGACGGGAAGGAGGAAUCAAAGAGGGGCUCACCUUUCUGUCCCCAAAUGCUGAUCUCUGAGCCGAACCACAAGAGGGGCAACAAGAUCACCACUGUGCCUGAACUUGAGCUACGUAAACUAGAGCAAGAUUUCUACCUGAGCAGUCUGUCCCAGCUUCACUCUGCUGAGCUGCAGGAGCAGCUUUUGUCUUGUCUCAGCAGUGACCCAUAUUCCAACUGGGAACCAUGGGACAAAAAGGAUUCUGGACGUUGGUCCCUGAGCCCAGGAGACGACUUCAGCUCGGGUGUCUUCUCCUACAACAGUCAGCCAGAUGUGCAGGUUUUCAGUGUGGAUUUGCUGAGCCACACGCAGCUCCCACCACCCUGCUGUUUUGAAGGGGUUGAUGUCUGCAUCAAAGACUUCAACAGGAGAAGCAUCCGCAUCAGAGAGACGCGCCGGGUGAAGGUGGGCCACAUUGCUACUGGAAUCAGUGAUCAGAUCUCAGAGAGGGUUUUCACCUUGGAAACCCAGCAGGGCCAGCAGGUUGCUCACGAUGAGGAGGUGAAGGAGUCCGGUCUGGAGCUCUGCUGUGUUCCUGCUCCAGACUUCAGCUCUGCCUGGAGAUGGAGGAUCAGAGACGGAGUGCUGGAGACGAGAUAGAGGCCUCAAGUCUCUCCUCCCAUCAGCCGCCGUGUCGUCUUAUCCGUUUUACAUGUGGCCUUCUGUUGAAUCAUCUCAAUGUGAGAGGACCAUGCUUUUAGAUUAGGGGUAAAAAUAAAUCUGACAGAUGGAGAUUGAUGGUUACAGCACAUGUCAUGUUGCUUUUUGUCUUACAAGUGCUCGUUAUUCUGUCAAAGUACAGAACUUUUUUGACCACUGUGAUAUUUACAUGUUGCACCUUUUCUUACUGCAUGUUUACAUUGAGUCAAUAAACAGUAUGGGAAACUGCA